AUGGCGCAGGCCCCGCCCACCUUGCGGCUGCGCGGCGGCGAUGGGGAGGUGUUCGAGGUGGACGCGCGGAGGCUUGCGGCGCUCUUCCCGGCCUUCGUCCUCAGGGUCCCCGCCAUCGACAACUUCGGCGUCUUCAAGCUCAUCAGCGCGUACCGCAAGUUCGAGGCCAGCGGCAGGCACACGGACCCAGACGUGGAGAACGCCUUCGUGAAGACCAUCGGCGACCUCGACAACCUCGCCCGCGUCGUCUCGGCUGCAAUGCAGCUGGAAGAUCAUGCCCUGCUGAACCUGUGCCUGCAAGCGACAAUUGUGAGUAUCGGGCGGGCAAGGGCUGCGGGAAAUCUCCAGAAUUUGCAGGGACAGGAGGAGAACUAGUGAUCUUCUGUGUUCAUGCAAUGAAUUUUUUUUUAAUAGCAUCCUACAUCUGCACUUUUAGGCCUUAGUAGAGAUCUGAAACUUGUUUGUCUUUGCUAGCCUCAGUUUCCAGAUCAAGUUCAUAGCUCUUAGAGGAAAAAUAUCUAGUAUCUGCGACGCCAAACAGAGAUUCCGUCGCUGCUUCUGUAUAUCACAUGUUGCUUGCCCCAUGUAACUAAGUCCUAAUCUGUAUAUCUCAGGUUGCUGUCAUGCGUUUUGAGAACUGUUGAAGUUGACUGUAAAUCCUUUUGUUUCAAGGAGCACGUAGCAAAUUAUAAGAUUUCAGCUGGGCACGACAAGUUACGUUUUA